AUGGGCUCACUGGAGGAUUGGCUAUCGCGAACGCCUGAGGGCCCUGAGGAGGGCCCUGAGGAAGGCCCCCCUGAGGAGGGCUCCCGGGAGGGCUCCCUUGAGGAGAGGGCCCUUGAGGGAGGGGCCCUUGAGGAGGGGGCCCCUGAGGAGGACUCCCGGGAGGGCUCCCUUGAGGAGAGGGCCCUUGAGGAGGGGGCCCCUGAGGAGGACUCCCGGGAGGGCCCCCCUGAGGAGGGUCCCCUUGAGGGGGGGACCCCUGAGGAGGGCUCCCCGGAGGGCUCCCUUGAGGAGGGGGCCGCUGAGGAGGGCCAGAAGAGGGCCCCUGAGGAGGGCUCCCUAGAGGGCUCCCUUGAGGAGGGGGCCCCUGAGGACGGCCAGGAGGGGGCCCCUGAGGACGAGGGCUCCCUUGAGGAGGGGGCCCCUGAGGAGGGGGCCCCUGAGGACGGCCAGGAGGGGGCCCCUGAGGACGAGGGCUCCCUUGCGGAGGGGGCCCCUGAGGACCGGAGUCCUCGAUCCCCUGAGUACUGGAUUGCUCGAUUUCCUGAGGAUUGGAGUGCUCGAUCGGCUCCAGUUGGUCUAUUUGAUUGA